AUGGCGCUUUGCGGUCCUUUACUGUCCGCACACUUCUGGGUGAACGCAUUGAGUCAUUAUGGUCUUACCAUCCCCGAGAACCGAUCCAUGGUCCCAUCAGCCAGUGCUAGUGUCAUCUUUGUCAACCCAACUGACGAGGUCAAGUGGGGAGCAGCACAAGCCAGCCGCAACGGUGACUACAAUGCCAAAAUUCUCCUGAACAAGGAAUUACAGCAACCUGGUUCAGGACGUAGCACCCGUCAUAUUGAGCUCGAUAUUUCAUCCUUGACACCCCUCUCUGAUGACGGCAACCUAUACGAGGCCGGCGAUCAUCUCGAAGUGAUGCCAGAAAACGAUCCCAAGGUUGUCCAGGCUGUCGCACUCAACUUUGGAUGGGUGCUUGAUUCCGUGUUUGAAGUCGACCCCGAUUCGCUCAAGGAUGUUUCUCCCCGCUCACUUGCUGCGUCGAUCCGUGGUUCAUGCACGGUCAUCAAUGCAUUGACAUACUAUGCUGACUUAUCGUCGCCACCUACUCGCACAAUGCUGUCCAUCUUUGCCGAACAGCUCAGCAAGGCUUCUCCUGAAACGGCUGACACCUUCCGCCCAUUGAUCAUGCCCGAUAGCGCCGAGUUUCCUGCUUUUGUCGAAAAGAACCGUACCUUGCUGGAGCUUCAAAAGAACUAUCCACAGGUGAACCAGCUCGAGUUGGGUCAAUUCCUGUCAGCUGUAGGUGUGAUGCAGCCGCGCCGUUACUCGAUUGCUUCAUCGCCCCUGUCGCAUCCUACUCGUGCACAUCUUACAGUCGGCGUUGUCCAUGAUAUCCUCAAGGAUGGACGAGAAUUCUACGGUUUGGCGUCGUCCUACCUGGCUCGUAUGCCUUCGAAAAACCUUCGAGCUGCACUCAAGUCAUCCAAGAGCUCGUUCGGUUUGCCCACAGAUCCAAAGGUACCUAUCAUUAUGAUUGCAGCGGGUACAGGUCUGUCUCCAUUCCGAGGUUUCGUACAGGAGCGUGCGUAA